AACAGUACACCGGUGCACGGCGACAAUGUCGGUCGUAUUUCGUUGGAAGUGAAAGGUAUAAUACGCUGUGGGUUUUGUUUGGAAACAACGAUUACGUUUAGUCGUCGUGGACGCGUCGCUCCAGGACAAUGCGCCGGCGAAAAUUCUAGUUGCGGGCGUCGAGACGCGUCGUGUAGAGCAUGUUGGUGAUAACGGAGUGAGACAGUGGUUAACAUGUGGAGUAAUAACGGACAAAUGAAAAACAAUAUUUUAAGACACCCUUCGUCGAUCGAAUCGAAGGGCUUCUUAAGUGGUAAUAAAAAGUGGAAUCCUAGACCGGCCUCUUGGGCCGCUCCCAACGAUGUCAGCAUUUUUCCACAGGCGGGUGGCAGAGCCAACCCGUUCGCAUCAAAGGUCGAUCCAGAACUGAUAUUCACGAAACAGGAGCGAAUCGGCAAAGGAUCAUUCGGCGAAGUGUUUAAAGGAAUCGACAAUCGAACGACGCAGGUGGUCGCCAUCAAGAUCAUAGAUUUAGAAGAAGCCGAAGAUGAAAUCGAAGAUAUCCAACAGGAAAUUAUGGUGCUGUCACAAUGCGACAGUCCUUACGUCACGAAAUACUUUGGAUCGUACCUCAAGGGAACCAAACUAUGGAUCAUCAUGGAGUACCUGGGCGGCGGUUCAGCACUGGACUUGAUGAAAGCUGGGAAUUUCGAAGAGAUGCACAUUGCGAUCAUCCUUCGUGAAGUCCUCAAAGGUCUCGAUUAUCUGCACAGUGAACGGAAACUGCAUCGGGACAUUAAAGCCGCCAACGUUUUAUUGAGCGAAAUGGGCGAUGUGAAGUUGGCCGAUUUCGGUGUCGCCGGACAACUCACCAACACCACAAGCAAACGCAACACUUUUGUUGGCACGCCUUUUUGGAUGGCACCUGAAGUGAUUAAACAAUCGGCUUAUGAUUCCAAAGCCGACAUUUGGAGUUUGGGCAUAACGGCGAUCGAAUUAGCAAAAGGGGAACCCCCUAAUUCAGAGUUACAUCCAAUGCGAGUGUUGUUCCUCAUUCCGAAAAAUAAUCCGCCACAGUUGACCGGGAGCUACACUAAACAGUUUAAGGACUUCGUUGAAGCGUGUCUGAAUAAAGAUCCCGAAAAUAGACCCACAGCCAAAGAACUGCUCAAAUAUCCAUUUAUUAGGAAAGCCAAGAAGAAUUCGUAUUUAAUAGACCUGAUCGAUAGGUACAAAAAGUGGCGAUGUACGAGGAACGAGGAGAGCGAAACCGAAUCGGAAAAUUCGGAUUCAGAGGAGCCGAAACAAGAGAGCGAUUUGGACGAUCCGUGGAUAAUGACGGUGAAAGGCAACCAUUCGAUUAAAUUACCCCAAGAAGACCUAACUCCAAAUCACAAGAUUCCAAAUAAAAUUCAGAACGGUUCUGGACCAACUAUCGCCAAAUCGCCGCCGAAAGAUUCGAACUUGAAUCAUUACCGGCCUGAAAAGGCCACUCCGUCGAAACAGUCGGUUGUUCAGUCGCCUUCCGAUAAUCGGAAAGACAGGGAAAAGAGGAUUUCGAGAGAGUUGAGUCCGCUGGAUCAUCGAGGAGGAGAGUUGGAAAUCGAGAAGAAGUUGAAUCGAAGGAGGGAACAUUCAAACGGCGGCAAAAGCGACGCCCGUUCGCCAUGUCUAUCAGGUGUCAUCUAUCCACUAAUAUCCGAAUUGCAGAGGAAGCAUCACUACAACGGCCGCGCGGCCGAUAGUUCUCACAAAUCAAACGAUGCCAUUGAAGAAUUGAGAAACGCGUUUGAGAUCGCAGAGAGAGCGAGUCCGGGAAUUACGGAGAGUUUUAUUAGCGAAAUGGUGAAGAAGUUGAUGCCGAGUGUGACGGAGCAGAGGCUUAGCAGUGUUAUGGAAAAAGUUACAAGAGAUGCGGCGUAGGUGAGAGUUAGUUGAGCCAGAUUUGUCCUACAUGUUAAUACUUACUGAUUACAUGACAAUAUCUUAUCUCUUGAGCUUAUUACAUAGCACUGGUAGAUUAAGAAUUUGGAAAUCAGCAACCACUGCAUGCUGUUCUGUACUCAUUUGUGGUUGACUUUGUCAGUUUCUGAAAUUAUUUUAACUUGUUAUUGCCAAUGUCCCGCGGGAUGCUGUAUAUAUGUAUAUCUAGAUUGAAUUAUUAUAUCAUUAAGAUAAUAUUUUUUCUUGCAAUGUAUUUUUUUAGAUGUGUAUAUACAUACUAUGAACAUAUAGUUAUUACUUUAUUUUUAAUUUUACGGUUCAGUGUCAUCCAGCGGUCGAUUUUUGUUGGUGUGCAACAAUGAUUGACUUAAGACUUGUAGUAGUAGGGAUGAUGGUUUGGCGAUGUCUGAGUGUAAGUCUAGGGUGUCGGUUGAAAGUGCCCUUUAUUCAUAAACUAGAUCACAUCAGUGUCAGAUUUUUAUUUAAUCGAUUCAGUUGAGUUAAAGGUGGUUUAUGGCGUAUUCUCUGUUUUGGAGAGAGUGCGGGGUUUGCCCACUUCAGUAUUACUGUGCGAGCCGUCAGAACUCGCAUUUGCAUGAAUGUGUUUGCUCAGGCUUCUGAAUCCGUUCGGAAUACUGUGAUAGAGUGAACAGCAUCUUAUGCGAGUCUUUAUUCUUAUUGAAACGCUUUAAUGUUGAACUGUUCAUGUCAACUACUUAUUGUUGAUUUUAAUUGUUAUCUUAUUUAGAGAAUGAAUCUUAUACUUUCCGCAUAGUUAUACUGUACAGUCAAUUACAAAUGACUUUGUAUUCUAGACUAACCUGUAAUUUAACAUGGCAAAUUACAACAAAUCUGUAUGAGAUCUGCUUGUCUUGUACAUGGUGUACAUUAAUAAAAUUAUUUCAAUUUCA